AUGUCCGAUUUCAGGUACUUGAAGGGUUCGGUGAGAUGCAGUCUCGGUCCCUCUGCCAGUUUAGUUCAUACUGAUCCUGCUUUCUCCUUGAAUGAUGUUCUGCUUCGUUUCGUACUUCCUUAUCGUUCACCCAGGCCGUAUUCGUCUCACGAUGCGAAUCUCUCAUACCCAAUAUGACGGACUCAGCAUGCCUUUCAUUCUCAAGGACCUGGACGCAUUAUACAACGGGAUUGUCUUGGCCCCUCCGGCCAGGUUCUCGGAAUACAUGGGUGAGAGCGAGCGACUCCUUUCCCAAAACAAGCACGCCCAGCAGUUCUGGCGUCAACUGCUGCAAGGAUCACAAGUCACACCCAUCGUGGCACGCAGCAAGCUCUCCUCGCACUCGUUACAGAAAGACUAUCCCCUGGAUCAGACCACAAUUCGGACUAUUCGACUGUCGCCAUCAGCUUCCGACGCCUCCACCACCCCGGCCACGAUCACCAAGCCCGCCUGGGCACUCGUGCUCGGCCGUCUCUCGCAACAUCAGGACGCGGUCUUCGGUCACUUGACCAACACUCCACCCAGCUUGGUUUAUCUGCCAGCCAUUCAUGAGGUUGUCGGUCCCUGUCUCCAGGUGCUUCCUGUGCGCGUCCAGCUCCAGCCGACUACCGCACGAAGGGAGCUGCUGCAUGCGAUUCAACAGCAAUAUAUUAGCGCCUUGCCCCAUUCUAUUUUAGGCUUCGGCGAGAUCAUCGAUCACUGCACACAAUGGCCGCCAACCACCCGAUUGAGUUCCAUCCUGCAAUACCAAAACCUGCACCAAGACCUGGACAGUGUUCUUCUUGGCGGGGACACGGGGAGUCUCGAAGCUUAUGUACCUACCUCUGACGCUGCCGACCUACGGAUGAUGGUAACUCCCAGGGACAAUUGUGGUGCCGAGAGACUGCAUGAGAUCAAACUGAGCUACGGCGCCGCAACUAUGCCCUCUUCCAUUGCAGAUCGCAUUCUCGACGAAUCUGCCGAUGCAAUUUCGUUCCUCCAGGCCCCUCACGCCUCCGAUGAUGGAUUCCGAUUACAUACCUACUUCGACCAGACCGCGCCCGAAUCCCCACCCACCCUUCCGAUCGACAGGCAACUCGCGGAAACCGACUUGCCGCCAUGCGCCGCAAUCAUCGCCGCCGUCAAAGGCAUAUGGGAGCAGGCGUUUGGCCCGCAGUUCCAUCGCUAGAAUACUACAGUGCGCAAGGAGGAGUGCCGGGCGAUGCUGCACACCCCCUUUGGGCAGGAUCCGGUGAGCGCCGCGCAGCUGUCACUGCUCUUCCAGCAGGCCGGGGUGGAAAUCUCGCCGGCAGAGGCGGCCGAGUAUCCGACCAUCUUCCAGCAGAGCUUGCUUUGGGGCUACAAGGUGCGAGAGGGAAGUUGCUGAGUCAAGUUUCGGAUGGUUCUCUAGA